UACUGCUAGAUCCCAGAAUGCAACAGGUGUCUUAUCUUCCACAGCACUCCAUGAUGCAUCUCUGCGUUUUGUUAACUAGCGCCAUUUUGGCGGGAUGUGUGAACGCACAAUUUAGUCUUGACUAUGGAAAAAAUACGCAAGCACCUGUAGCUCAAAAGGCUGCGACUCCGCUAACUACUGCGGCCGCCGAAGCCAACUCUAUCCCGCCUGAGCCUCCCACAGUUUCCGACGAAUGCAAGGACACGCUACCAAAUUGUGAUGAAUAUCAAUCUGACAUGUGUACCAAUCAUCUUUACAAGUUGUUCAGAGAAAUAAAUUGUCGACAAUUCUGUGGAAUAUGUAAAGGUGUUAGUCACGUGCCUUUUGGGUAAACAUGGACAAAAAGUCAAAUAGCAUGUAAUGCCUGUGUUAUUGCAUCCAUUUAAUAAAAGAAAAGAAGCAUUUU